GAGGAGAGGAAUGAUGAAGGUAUGGACCGGAUGACCCGAAGAGCCUGGUUGGAGGUAGAGAAUGAAGCAACCUCCCAGAAUGUUUGUGGACUAGAGAUUAGUUUCCAGUCCGUUCCACAGGCGAUAGACAUCAGACUCCUCAAUAGUAGAGGGGACAGUAUAUCAGAAGCACAUGGAUAUACAUCAGGACACCAGACAGCUGUUAAACCAGACAAAUCCAUCUCCACCGAGACAAUCAACAUAGAGAUAAACAAAACCAGACAGUAGACACAGAACCUGGAGAACCAGGAGAAAUGAAGAACCAGGAGAACCUUAAGAACUAGGAGAACCUGGAGAACCAGGAGAAC